AUGUCUGCUAGGUUGGCCAAGGCCAAACGAGCCUGGGAUAGCCCAAUGAUGGUGCUUACAGGAUAUGACACUUCACUUGCUGAUGCUGAUAUCGAGGCCUCCUUGACCAACCAUUUCUCUUCAUGCGGAGAGAUUGUUGGUUUUGAGUUAUACAACUUUAAACAUCUUCCCAUUCAAGAUCGCCAAGCCCACAUUGCUAUCUGGGGAGAAGGUGCAGAAGACAAGGCCCUGGAACUUAAUGGGAGUGACAUGGGAGGAUUCAAACUAGUUGUUGUGUCUUUUAAACAACCCGUGGAAAACAGCCGCCCCCUUCCUGUCGAUGAUGAUUUCCCACGUGGCUACAUGAUCCCAGCUCGGGUUGCCAACCCCAAGAAGACGAGCCGUUACAAGAAGAUGAAGAAGAAGGCCAGCCGUAAGAAGGCUUGGAAGUAGAAAAAGCCCUUUGGUAUUCUUGUUGACAUUCUCGCUCUUGUUCUCACUCACUCUUUGUAUUUCUUUACUUGUGUUUUAUCAUAACACACAAGCACACUCAUACUCUCUUUACUCUCUUACACGUUUGGUUUCUUGUAGAGAGAAGCUUUGGUUGUCUACAUCUUUCUC